AUAUGAUCAACGCAACUGCUUCGUCUUGGAUCCAUUUCGUUUCAGUUCCAAGGGUUUAGGCAUGUUCCAGAGAAGGCGCGAGUUGGGCGCCCUGAAGCUCCAAAGGCGAUGGCUCCGCACCAUGGCCGCAUUGCCUGGAGCUGCAACAGAGGCGGUAAGAAAUCUUGCCGCAAAGACCAACCUCCUCGACGCGCUGGGACGAGCCACCAAGUCGAAGUCCCUUGCCGAAGGUAAGCGCCUCCACUCCCAGGUCGUGGAGCAAGGCCUCAACCACGACCCGGAGCUCCAGAACCAGCUCGUCCAAAUGUACUCGGCUUGCGGGAGCUUGGAAGAUGCUCGCAAGCUCUUCGACGCCGUCGCCUGUCCAAAGGUCCUCUCCUGGAACAUGUUGAUCGCGGCUUACGGUAACGCUGGGAGGAUCCCCGAGGCGAGGCGGCUGUUCGAGAGGAUGCCCGGGAAGACCUCUGCGUCGUGGACAACCAUGGUGACCAUGUAUGCCAAGUCCGGGCACAAGGAGGAAGCAAAGUCGAUGUUUGAUUCCACCCGGGAGCCCAGCACCAUUGCCUGGAACGCGAUGAUCUCUCUGUACGCUCAUACUGGCCAGCUCCAGGAGGCCAAGUCGAUGUUUCACAGGAUGCCGGAGCCCAGCGUCGCCUCCUACAACGUGAUGAUCUCGGCGCUCGGCUACAAUGGCUGCGUCUCCGAGGCCAAGAGCUUGUUCGACAGCAUGAAGGACCGGACUGUUGUCUCCUGGAAUGCCAUGGUCACGGCUUUCGCUCAGAACGCUCGCGUUGACGAGGCCGAGAAGCUUUUCCGGGAGAUGCCGGACAAAAGUGUCAUUUCCUGGAAUGCCAUGAUCGCUGGAUUCGGCCAGAACGGACGUCCAAAGCAGGCUCUCGAGCUCUUUCGACGCAUGGACCUGGAAGGGUUGCAGCCGAGUAGGAUGACUUACUGCAGCGUGCUCGAUGCCUGUGCGAACCUCACGGCUUCUUCACUGGGUAGGAUCAUUUGCGACGGAAUGGAUGAAGCAUUGGCCAAGGAUAUCAGUGUCGCCAACUCAAUCUGCAACAUGUACGGCAAGUGCGGUCUCCCGGAGUUAGCAAGGCAAACGUUUCUUGAAAUGACUUACCGUGACGUAGUAUCUUGGACAGCGAUCAUCGCGGCCUACGCACAGAAUGGAUACAGCUCCGAAGCUCUGGACAUCUUCCGGAUCAUGGUUCAAGCAGGAGUGGAGCCCAACGGGAUAACGCUGAUCAACACUCUCUCUGCUUGUAGCCACGGCGCUUUGUUCGACGAAGGCUCUGAUAUCUUCAGCUCGUUGGUAAGUGGUGACUACUAUGGUGUCACUGCAAACGAGUCACACUUUCUGUGCGCGAUUGACCUCCUUGGACGGGCUGGCUACCUGAAAGACGCAGAAACUCUCAUCACUAAAAUGCCAUUUAAAGCCGGUGCUGUAGCAUGGACGAGCUUACUCAGUGCUUGCCGGACUUUCCGAGACUUGAAACGGGCAGGCCGGGUUGCUAACCAUCUCUUUGAGUUGGACGAGAGCUCCAUAAAAGAUCCAGCACCUUAUGUUAUGCUGUCCAACAUCUACGCCAGCGCUGGGGACAGAGCUGCGGAAAUGAAACUCAGAGACCAGAUAAGAAUCAAGUGCAGAAAGAAGCUACCUGGAAAGAGUACAAUCACCAUCAAAGGCCAGACCAACGAGUUCUAUUCACUCGAUGAGACGCAUCCACGGAGAGAUGACGCUUAUAACGAGCUGAGGAGGCUGUUCCAGACGAUGAAGGAGGCCGGGUACGUUCCAGACACAAGGAUAGCUGAAAUGGAAGAAGAAGAAACGGAGCAGUCAUUAAGUUACCACAGUGAAAAGCUUGCACUUGCCUUUGGAGUUCUCAACACUCCACCCGAGGCGUCUCUUUGCAUCGUCAAGAACCUCAGAGUCUGCUCGGACUGCCAUAACGUCAUCAAGUUUCUGUCCAAACAUUUAAACAGAAAAAUUGCUGUCAGGGACGCCACCAGGUUUCACCACUUCGAGAACGGAUUUUGUUCUUGCCGCGAUUGUUGGUAGCUGAGUAUUUCCAAAGAGCUUGCCAA